AUGGCUGGAUACUACAGACGAUUUGUGGAGGGUUUCUCAAAGAUAGCCGCUCCAUUGACACGUUUAACUCAGAAAUGUGUGAAUGGCAAAGUGGUGGCAUAUGCUUCCUGGCAACUAAAGAUUCGUGAGAAGAAUUAUUUGACGCAUGACCUAAAAUUGGACGCAAUCAUAUUUGCACUAAAAAUUUGGCGUCACUAUCUUUAUGGUGAGGUGAAUAUGGUGGCAGAUGCUUUGAGUAGAAAGUCUAUGGGUAGCUUGGCCUAUAUUGUGGAUGAAAGGAGACCUAUGGCUAUGAAUAUUCAAGGUUUAUCCAAUCAGGGAGUUCGAAUUGACCAUAAGUUGCCUGGAAGGUUGAUUGCAGGUAAUGUGAAACAACUAAUAUUGGAGGAGGCUCAUAGCUCGCGAAAAUCCAUCCACCCAGGCGCUAUGAAGAUGUAUCAAAACUUGCGUGAAUUGUACUGGUGGAAAGGUGAAGUAAUGCAAAACUUGAUUAUCCCAGAGUGGAAGUGGGAGAGAAUUACUAUGGAUUUUGUCAUUGAGUUACCGAAUACUUUCAAGAAACACGACUCAGUUUGGGUGAUUGUGGACAGACUCACAAAAUCUGCCCAUUUCAUACCAGUUCGGGUUACUCAUACUGCGAAGCAGUUAGGAGAUAUUUACCUUCGAGAGAUAGUUCGGAUUCAUAGGGUGCAUAUUUCAAUAAUAACAGAUCGAGGUGCAUAA